CGCGCGAAUGUGACUCGCGGAGCGCGGGAAAGAGGCCGGGUACGCACACGUGAGGCGCGGCAGUGACCACCAAGUUCACUGCUUUCAUCGUGGCGGUUCAGGUAAUUUAACCUAGUUGUCCUACAACAACUCCAGGCAGACCUACCCAGUUCCUGAUAAGGACAGAGACCUCAAUAACUUCUCAGGCUCAGAUUUCUCAAGGGAGGGAUAAAAUGAGUAAGAGGAAGAGGCUUCGAACUUCAGGAGAAGGAGUCCGUCCACCCAAACCACCAAAGAACACAAGACUCAGAGACUCUGACGGGGCCCCCCACAGUUUCCAGUUGGGCCCUUUGCAUCACCCUGAAGAGUCAGAAUGCAGGUCAGGACCUCCUCCCUCUGUGGAGCAGAGUGGGGAGGAGCCAGGACAGGCGGUGGCCUCCAGCUCCCUGGAUAAGGAAGCAGAAGCUCCCUCCAGGCUCCUCACGCAACCAGAAAAGGAGCCAAUUGCCUGUCCUCCUUCCCAGAACUCAGUUGGGAGAUUUGUUCCCCAGUUUGCAAAACCCAGGAAAGCAGUGACGAGACUAGGAGCUGCAAGGGAAGAGGACCUUGGGAGUGGGGCCUUUAGCUUGGAAACACCACCAGAGCCCAGCGCCCAGCAGGCAGGAAGCAGGUCAUGGGAGGAGUCCCCUGGGCUCACUGUCUGGGAGGCCAGGUCGCCAGGAGGCCAGAUCCAGGCAGAUGGCACUCACUCCAAGCACAGCAUCCAAAACCCUAUAAUACCUGUGUCUAGAAAGAGUGAUUCUCAGACUGAGGUCUCCAGUGAUGUUUCUCCAGAAUGGGGGAUGGUGCCCUCGGCUUCAGAGAGGGCCAGCCAGAACUACCUGUUGGAGCAAGGGACCAACUUUCCAGGUGGUGGAGGCACAGAGGCGGGUGGGAUUCCAGGUGAUCUCGGCCAUAAAGGGCAUCUACCAAGCCGUGGUGCUGAAGAGCAGGAGCCAGACCGAGGAGCCCCCCAGGAGGAAGGUGCCCAAGGAAGAGCAGGGGUUGACCAGGAGAAAGGGGAGAGUGUCCUGGGCCUGGCCACUCAGAGCUUAGAGCCUGGGUCUGCGGCCCAGGGCCCCACUGACCCCAUGCAGACACUCAGCAGGGCUGGCAGGGAAGCAGAAGGGAGCUGUAGCAGCCCCAGACACCCCUCUUUUAGGGUCACUGUCAUCAGAGAUGUGACCACAGACCCUAUCAGCCCAGAACAGAGGGCUCUGGAGGUGGCUGGGCCAGGUGGGAAGGCUGACACCAGGGUACCUGUCUCUCCCAACAGGAAGACCCCUGAUGGAGGCCAUAGUGGGGCCCUGCUCAGAGGCACACCUCUCACCGGGGAGACCACAGGAGGCAGAGAGGAGGCAGGGCAGGAAGCUGAACCCCGUGAAGUCCUGGGGGGCCCUGCAGCCUCCCUCAUUUUGGCUCAUGGGAUCCAGGAGCCUACAAUAUGUGCUAGAGAUUCCAGUCCUGUAGCCUCAGAAAUGGGCCCAGUUGUUGAUCAGACAGGCCAGGAUCAAGAAGGGCUGGGAGAUGUGUGUGCACUGCCUUUGCUAUCACAGACUUUGGGUGAGAAGGCAGCAGAGUUAGGUAGCCAGAGCCAUGCACAAGACCUUGGGGGGCUCAGUCUGUGCCUUGGAGCCUCUGCUCCAUUGUACAGAGAAGCAAUGGAUGGCCCCCCCCGGGAUGCCAGGGCCCACCAGGGCGGCCCAGGUGCCCCCACAGGCCCAGCAGACCAGCCCAAGCACCCUCCUGACUCUGCAGACCAGGCCAUGUUGGAGGGAUUCCCAACCAUGGAACUUGACUUCCUGCCAGACAGCCAGAUAAAGGAUGCCCUGGAAGCCACCAACUUUGAAGCUGCAAAUGAGCAGUUUCCUGCAGGGAGCACCGAGGGCCCUGGCACCAGCCUAGGUACUGAUGGAAGCCCUCUCACCAUGGCCCAGCCAAGUACCCACAAGGGGAUCCAGCCAUGUGAAGCCACCAGGAUGGAGGACGCAACACAUACUGUGCGCGGCCUCAUUGUUGAGCUGUCCAACCUGAACCGGCUGAUCAUGAGUGCCCACCGGGACCUGGAAGCAUUCAAGCGCCUCAACUAUAGGAAGGCGAAGCCUGCAGGGAAAGCCCCCAUGCCCUACACAUCAAAGGGGGCUGGGACUCUCCCUUGAGGGGAGCAAUCCUGGAGUGAUUUGUAGAUGCUUCCAAAUGAGGAAGCUGGGGGACCACAUGUGCAGUGCCUCUCCUCGUGGAUUUGCAUGUUUUGUUCACGCCCUGACCCCGGAAGUGCCUGGUGUUCCUGCCAAAAAGCUGGCAACAGUCUCUCAGCACACCCCAGAAAGCCUGCAGUCCCUGAUGUUGUUCCUCGUGUUUUGUUACUCGCAAGAUGCUCCAGCAGAUCCUAGGCCCAGAAACUGCCUUUCAGCUUCACUGGCAGUCAGUGUCCCCUGGGAAGCCCUGAAGACCCCCUGGAGUCAGCAGCCUCCCUCUGGGGCCCGUGUGGGGAGGAAACCUGUUUCUACAGAGGCUGAGGCUGCAAUGGGAGGUGGAGGCAGGCGGAGGCCCCAGGAACAGGGCCCAGUCACCCAGAUGUUUAUCUGAGUUUGCAAAUUUUGGCUCCUUGGCUAUGGUUAUGGCAGGUUCAGAAUUUGUUUUUUGCUGGAGGAGAAAAGGGCUCCCUUUGUUGGCUGUGUUUGUCUUUCUCUGGAUUUCCAUUUUAUUUAUUUC